AUUCUCACCUGAUAAUAGAGAUACUGCAAUGUCUUUAUUUUAAAUUAAUCAACUUUACAUGUGCAUAUGGAUGUGUCUGCCAGUUGGACUUCCCUAUUCCGUUUGCCCUUGGAGGUCCAAAGUGGGCAGAAGAUUCUGUAUAUAAGCCAAGAGGUCCCAGCAGUGAGACACGGCAGUGGAGAGGAUCCAUUCGUUAUUGAGAAGCUCCAUAUUAAUGACCUUUACACGAUGCCGCAAUGUGCCAGUGAAAUUACCAUGCAUUAACUCGCACCAAUUAUCUUUACAAGUGUAAGUGAUUAAGACCGCCCAUCGCUCUGUUGUCUCCCCACCUCCACCACAACCUACAGAAAGAAUCUGCCCCAAUCUACGGAAAGAAAUCUGCCCCAAUCUAAAUUGGGGGCAUGCUUCGUACUCUACUGUCAACGUGGGGUUCGGGGUACAAUCCCUGAUCAUCGCUACCUGAUCUUGAAUACGAAUUAAACAACCUGGCUACCCGUCGCUCUGCAAACUGGUUUCUUAGGGUCCCAUAUGCUACAGAGUGCACAUUUAAACGUGUGAUUAAUCUCGGGUGAGCUCACACUACAGGAGCAAGGAGGCGGCCUUUCUAAAUGACCUUUAUACGAUUCCACAAUGUGGAAUGUGACAAUAAGAUGCAGUAACUCGAACCAUUUCUGUUUAGUAAUUCCUCACUGCAAUCUUUACAGGUGUAAGUGAUUAAGAACCCCCAUCGCUCUGUUAUCUCUCCACCUCCACCACAACGUGCAGGAGUGGCUACAGCUACAGGGUGCUGCUGGGAAAGCACAGUGUGUCUACAUCCGAGUUCGGGGAGGUCACACCUCCAUUGAGCCUGGCCGUCUGACAUAGCGACUGGAAUCCCAACAUCUUGGCAAAUGGGUGAGAACGCACACGGGCGCGCUGGUUAUGUAACACCGUGACAUUCAAAGUUUCAAUAGACAGAUAUAUAUACUGUACAUACAUACAGACACACAUGGAAAGAGAUUUUCAGACAUACUGUACGAGAGAAAGAUUCUUAUUUUUUACCCACAAAACAAAUCAUUGACACUGCCUUCAAGCUGAAAAAUAUCUAAUUGGAAUAUAUUUCAGGGAAUGACAAUUUUUCAACGGUAGAAUUUUAUGAUACUAGAAUUUAGGUGGACUACAGCUGCCUUAUUGUUGCUCCUGUGGAGAGCUUCUUGGCACAUCGCGCAUCGCCCCUCGCCCCCACUAAUGUUCUCUUCGUCCGUCCCCCCUCAAUGUGUGCAGAUACUACUGACUCUUUUUUGACCCACGAAUAAGUGGAGUUAAAAUAUCAGAAAAUAGCUUCUGUGAUAAUAAUCCCCAACAUCACCAAGGUUAAGAGGAGUUCUCCUGGGCAGAGCGCUGAACCCCGAUUGCUUGGCGUUAUGUUCGGUGUUGAGCGUCGCAUCACGGAUGCCCAAAUCUCAAUCCCCCACAGGUACGACAUCGCCAUGUCCAAGAUUGCAUUGCCCGUGGCUCUCUCCAGCGAGGUGCGCCUCGCCUGCCUGCCCAGCGCCAACCAGAUCCUGCCCAACAACUAUCCGUGCUACGCGACGGGAUGGGGAUCUCUCGACACCAGCGGCCCCUUCCCCAGCGUGCUGCAGCAGGCCAGCCUGCCCGUGGUGGACUACGCGACGUGCAGCCAGCCCAGCUGGUGGGGGAGCAGCCUGAGGAGCAGCGUGAUCUGCGCGGGGGGCACCACCCGCUCUGCAUGCUAUGGUGAUGGAGGUGGCCCACUAAACUGCAAGUGGUGGGACAAUGCCUAGGUGGUGCAGGGAAUCACUAAUAUGUCUGAUGUGUUUUCUGAAUUCAUCAUACUGCAGUGAGCUCCAUAUAUGUCUAGUCUCAUGGUGUAUAUUUUGUAUUGGUGCAAAAUAAAAUAAAAAUGCAGAUUUAAUUAAAUGACAAGUGGACGUAUCUCCAGACACCUAACACCACUCACCACUCAUCUUGCGCUAAACCAAUACUUACAUUC